GAUGAUCUCCCGGCGGGCUGUGCGGCCCGGCUCUCAGGCAGCAGCGAGUGCCACGUCCCAAGUAUAGUGCUGAGGAGCGGAGCGGGCGCUGCGCGUGGGGCGGAGAGCAGAACCCGGCUCGGCCUCACCGAUCGCCCGCCGCCAUGGGCUCUUCGCAAAGCGUCGAGAUCCCGGGCGGCGGCACAGAAGGCUACCACGUCCUGCGGGUCCAAGAAAAUUCCCCAGGACACAGAGCUGGAUUGGAGCCUUUCUUUGACUUUAUUGUUUCUAUUAAUGGUUCAAGAUUAAAUAAAGACAAUGACACUCUUAAGGAUCUACUGAAAGCAAAUGUUGAAAAGCCUGUAAAAAUGCUCAUCUAUAGCAGCAAAACCCUGGAGUUGCGAGAGACGUCAGUCACACCAAGCAAUAUGUGGGGUGGCCAGGGCUUACUGGGUGUGAGCAUUCGUUUCUGCAGCUUCGACGGGGCAAAUGAAAAUGUUUGGCACGUGUUGGAAGUGGAAUCAAAUUCUCCUGCAGCACUGGCAGGUCUUAGACCUCACAGUGAUUAUAUCAUUGGAGCUGAUACAGUCAUGAAUGAGUCUGAAGAUUUGUUCAGCCUUAUUGAAACCCAUGAAGCAAAGCCGCUGAAGCUUUAUGUGUACAAUACGGACACCGAUAAUUGUCGAGAAGUGAUUAUUACACCAAAUUCUGCAUGGGGUGGAGAAGGCAGCCUAGGGUGUGGCAUUGGAUAUGGUUAUUUGCAUCGAAUACCUACACGGCCGUUUGAAGAAGGAAAGAAGAUUUCUCUUCCGGGGCAAAUGACUGGUACACCUGUCACUCCUCUUAAAGAUGGGUUUACAGAGGUCCAGCUGUCCUCAGUCAACCCCCCAUCUUUGUCACCACCAGGAACUACAGGAGUUGAACAGGGUCUGUCUGGACUUUCCAUUAGCUCAACUCCACCAGCUGUCAGUAAUGUUCUCAGUACAGGUGUACCAACAGUGCCAUUCUUGCCGCCGCAAGUAAGCCAGUCCCUCGCUUCUGUGCCACCAGUGAACCCAGCUACUACAUUACCAGGUCUGAUGCCUUUGCCUGCAGGACUGCCCGACCUACCCAGCCUCCCCAACCUCAACCUGCCCACACCACACCUCAUGCCAGGCCUCGGCUUACCGGAGCUCGGGAGCUCAGGUUUGCCACCUCUUCCUGCCUUGCCUCCUCGUAACCUGCCUGGCAUCACACCUCUCCCCAUGCCCGCCGAGCUCCUCUCGUCAUUCCCCUUGGUUCCAGAGGGCUCCUCUGCGGCCAGUGCAGGCGAGCUGCUGUCCUCCCUCCCGCCCACCAGCAGCCUUCCUUCCGACCCCAUCAUGACUACUGCAAUGGCAGGCGAGGCCACCUCACUCACUGUGGAUGCUGCGUCCCCUGCUCCCAGGGCCCCCACCAGCAUGGAGGACAGAGCCGGGGCCUCCACGCCAGCCAGUGAAAGGCCUGCGUCUGCUGUCACGGAUGCAAGUGCUGCUGAGUCACCUUAACUUUGAACUGUUCUUCAGAACCAGCGUGGUGUAUUUAUUUAGCCACGGAAGCUGUCUGGAAAUGCAAACUAUCAUUAAUUUCAUACUAGUUUGUACUGUAUCUGUAGGCAUUGUGUAAAUAAUUCUAAGGGGAAACCGAUGCGAGAGUACGUGGGCUUGUGUCCUGCCAAGGCGGGCUGGGGUCCACUGCAGGGAAGCCGUGAUCAGAAAGUGCUUGUACUUUAAACAACCAAAAAGAAUUGUUGGCGUGGCCUGCCGCCAGGCAUCUGCUGCCAUUCUGGGGUGUGCAUCUUUGGGGAAGGAGGUGCCAGGGUGUCUACUCAGCUCCCUGUCCCCUGCUGCUCCUUCCGUACGAAAAUUGAAACAUUUUAUGCCUACUGCUCAUACACAACAUUUCUUGUACUUUACAUCAUUUAAAUCAUUCGCAAAAGUGCAGACCACUUCACCUAACUGUAAAAGGAAAAGAUGCUUUACUUUUGGUCUCUGAGUCGCAUCUCUAUUAAGGUUUAUACAAAAAUUCCAGUUGAAGAUGUUUGUUCAAGUUACAUGGUGUGCACUAUUAAUUGAACAUAUUUUUAUUCAGCCUCUACACAGAACCUUGCUCCAAGCUCUCAGUGUCACUCAGACAACAUUUUGUAACUGCUGCUGUUGCUUUAUACGUCCACCGUUCAGAUGACAUUUAAAGAAAAUAAAGGACACGGUCCACGGUUUUAAAGCAGAAGGUGGCACUUGUAGCUGCUUACAGUACAGGUAGACUGGGAAAACAGAUACAGCAAUAAAUACGGGACGUUUGAGUUUUGUUCUUGUGUUACACUUAAGUUACAAGCCAGUUGUACGCUUGUUCUUCUCCAGUAGAUCCACAUCGUUAAAGUAAUUCUGUUUGGUUGUUCUAAGAUGGUAGGUUAACUAAAAUUGAUGUAUUGAAUGACGUUAAAUGUGUGUUAUAUCCCUUUUUGAAAUAAGAUGAAAAUGGCUGGCCGGUCACUGACCUGGUGCUGGUAGACACGGAUGCCCUGUAACAGAGGCCAUCACUGAGGUGACCGCACACGUCCUUCAUCUCCCACUGCUCAGCUGGAAGCUGGUGACAGUGCCAGCGGCACCUCGCUGUGGCAAGCACUGGCAUCAGCUGUCCCUGGAUCCAAAUGUGUCCUUGAAGCUGGGUGAUCAAAAAAGACCCCAAAGGGGCCAAGGAUCGGGCCAAGGGUCUAGCUCAGCAGGGCAGCACCUGUCUGGCAAGCAUGAAUUUGAUUCCUGGUUACCCUACCAGCAAAAAGGAAAAAGACCCCAGCUCUGGAUAAUCGCAUCUUUUGUUCACAUAAUAAAUAUUUUUAGACUAUG